CGGACGGGAAGGCUGGAUUCUUCUAUCUGGGGGUCAUUUUUUUUCAGGGCAAACAGAAUCCAAAAGGAACAUAACCAUCAUAUCAUCAAAGUGAUCUUUGCUGUUGACCUCGAUGGCACGGGAUAUGAAGAAUAACGGGAGCAUCGCAGUCCCUCAUUACGGAAGCACUGAUGUGGAAGAACGUAUCCUGGAAACAAAGCCAAUGAGAUGUACAUGUAGCUGCAUACCAUCGUGGUAUUUCAAAGAACUGUGGGAGGUAUUCGAUAUCGCUUGGUCGAUGGUAGUUUUAUCACUCUUCCAAACAUUGAUGAAGCCAGUCAGCAUGAUGUUCAUCCGUCCGUAUGGCACUCUUUAUCUAGGUGGAAUUGGACUGGCGAAUACUAUAGUCAACGUGACUGGGUAUAAAAUUGGUGGAGGUCUUGCAACUGCAUGCGACACGCUCUUUUCGCAGUCGUACGGGAGCAAAAAUAAGAAGAAGGUUGGCGUCUACUUGCAGAGAAGCUUACUGGUGAUAAUACUCUGUUCACUGCCGUGCUGUGCGAUACAUCUAAACAGUGAGACACUUCUGAUACUGAUGGGACAGGAACCUCAAAUAGCAAGAUUGUCCUCCCGUUACGUCCUACUCGUUAUGCCAGCUGUCCCAGCAUAUUUCCUCUUUUCCAUCCUGAAGAAAUAUCUGCGGAAUUUGAACAUUGUUCGUCCUCUUCUGCUGGUCGGAUUUUCUGGGUUGGCCGUUAACACCUUGGCACAUUAUGUCCUUGUGACCCGAUUUCAGCUUGAAAUGGAUGGCUCCGCCAUAGCUCAGACGCUUGGUACCUUCACACACCUUGGAACAGCACUUACCUACAUAUUCACGAGCAAAAUGUACAAGGAGACCUGGUCAGGGUGGUCAAAAGAGGCAUUCCAAGAAUGGGGUAUGCUGUUCAAACUCGCCAUUGCCAGCCUGCUGAUGAUUUGUCUUCAGUUCUGGGCGUUCGAGAUUGGUACGCUACUCUCCGGGACACUUGGUGCCGUUCAACUUGGGGCGCAGACCAUCAUAUUUCAACUUGAGGCCAUAACAUAUAUGCUCUCGCUUGGGGUGGGUAUAGCCUGUAACAUUCGAGUGGGGCACCUACUUGGUGCAAACAGGCCAGAACAAGCGAAGAGGGCUGUCAUCGCUGGCUACACUACCAUUUGGGGAAUUGCACUUAUUCUCAUAUCGCUGAUGGUCGGCUUGCGGUAUCAUUUACCAAUGUUAUUCUCCAGCGACAAGGAGGUGAUAGAACUUUCCGUCUCUCUCUUACCGAUUCUAGCUCUUUAUCAUAUAUUUGAUUGCACAGCGGGUGUGUCGACCGGCAUUCUUCGAGGCUGCGGAAGGCAGACGCUAGGUGCCGCAAUCAUAUUCCUCGGGACGUAUGUGAUUGGUCUACCAGCGGGAAUCAGCUUGAUGCUUCUCACCGACCUGAGAUCGGCAGGUUUUUGGUGGGGUAUGACAGCGGGCAUGUCUUGUCAAGCAGUUCUAUUGUUUCUCAAUGUGUAUAGGACCGACUGGGUGAAAGAGGCAUAUAUGGCACAGAUCAGGGCUGGUGUUGUAACGGUUGCCAGGCACGAUCGUCGGGAGGAUGUGGACGAGAAUGAAGACAGUGGAGUUGACGGUAUAGGAGAUCCACUGAUUAUUGGUAAAAAUGAUAUUCUCCAUGAUGCAUUCACCAACGACGUGGACAUUUGUGAACGUAAACCACUCUUGGGUGUAACUAAAAGCGACAACAACAACGAUGGACAGAACAAAAAAUUGUGCAAAAUGACAAGAACUCUAACGUUGUCGCAAUUGAUCAUCAGAAGAGGCCUAUUUAUCGUUACCGUACUUUCUCUGCUCAGCACAGGCAUUUUUACACGAAUUUAUUUCCCUGUUUCCACUAUGGCAUCCAUGUUUCCACAGCUCAACCGGACAGGUGAUAAUGUCACUUUCUCUACGGGCAUACCAGGUGAUAAUGCUAUUUUCUCCACUAGAGUACCUGGUGAUAAUGUUACUUUUUCCACCAAGAUACCAAAUGAUAAUGUUCCUUUCCCCGCCGAGUUACCAGGUGAUAAUGUUACUUUCCCCGCUAAAAUACCAGGUGAUAAUGUUACAUUCCCCACUGAUACACAAGGUGAUAAUGUUACUUUCCCCGCCGAGUUACCAGGUGAUAAUGUUACUUUCCCCACUAAAAUACCAGGUGAUAAUGUUACAUUCCCCACUGAUACCCAAGGUGAUAAUGUUACUUUCCCCACUGAUAUGCAAGGUGAUAAUGCUAUUUUCCCCGCCGUGGUACCUGGUGAUAAUGUUACCCUCUCCCACACGGUUCUCUCAGAUAAUUCAACAGCAAUGCCGUAAGGAGGCGGCAAAGAUAACAUCGUCAAGCUUUCGUCAUCUCCAUCAGCUGAAGACCUCCUAUAGUCUUAAGACCUCCCAUUGUCCCAAGAUAUGUAGAUAGGGCGACGUUGACGUUGUAAUAGGACUGUUUUCACACAAUCCUUUGACAUUUACAGUUUCAUUAAACCUCCCUACAUUUGACUGAUAAUACGCAAGACAUGAACCUUUUUGCAAGGCGACAUGUGAAGCUAUCGAACUCUUGUAACGGACUGCAAUUUAUCGUACUGCAAACUCUCCUUGACGUCACUAGGUUGAAUUACACUAGGCCAUAGGGCGAACAGAUAGUCACAAUAGUUUGGAUGACACAGCUGUACCGAUUUUGGUAUGGAAAAGAGCACAGGGUAGUCUUCUUUCCUGGAACUUACAGACCACCUACUUGCCACAAUCGAGCUGGGUUUACAGUAAAUCACAGACACAUGUA